AUGAAGUAUGUUGAAUCGCCGGUGUGCAAAGGUGGCCUCAACUGGGGACUUACUUUUAAGUGGGACUAUCCGCCACAUACCUACUUCUCUGAAGACCACAAGAACUACAUCCGACCACUCAGGUCGGCAACCAUGGCCGGAGGCUUGUUCGCAAUUGACCGCUCGUACUUCUUCAAAAUCGGCACCUACGACGAGGGAAUGGACGUGUGGGGAGCAGAGAAUGUAGAAAUCUCGUUCCGUAUCUGGAUGUGUGGUGGUGAACUUGAAAUCAUUCCCUGUAGCCGCGUCGGACACAUUUUCAGGAGAAAACGUCCCUAUGGAUUAGCGUCCGACUCUAUGGGUAAAAACUCUGUGAGGGCGGCUCGUGUAUGGCUCGACGAAUAUCUCGUAGCCCGAGUUCUUCAAAGCUCGACCGUACUUGGAAACGAGGACGGAUUACGGAGACAUUUCGAGUAG